GCAGCCCCCGGGAGCGCGGGAUGGGUGGCGCGCUGCUGCUCGCGCUGCUGGCGGCGGCGCGGGCCGGCGAGCCCAACGCGACCGACCUCACCCCCGACCUCGACCUCACCUCCGACUACGCGCCCGACCUCACCCCCGAGCCCGAAGCCGACGAGAAGACCCCGUUGUUCCCCGAGGACCUGUUCACGGAGGAGCAGCGCCGCUCGGGCGCCGUGCUUUUACACGUGAUAGGCAUGGGCUACAUGUUCGUAGCGCUGGCGAUCGUGUGCGAUGAGUUCUUCGUGCCGGCGCUGGACGUCAUCAUCGAGCGGCUCGCUAUCCGAGACGAUGUCGCGGGCGCUACUUUCAUGGCGGCUGGCGGGUCGGCGCCGGAGCUGUUCACGUCCAUCAUCGGCGUGUUCGUGUCGUUCGACGACGUUGGCAUCGGGACGAUUGUCGGCUCCGCCGUGUUCAACAUCCUGUUCGUAAUCGGGGCGUGCGCGCUUUUCUCCCGCACCACGCUCUCCCUGACGUGGUGGCCACUGUUCCGCGACUGCACCUUUUACUCCAUCAGCCUAAUCGUGUUGAUAUACUGUUUCCGUGAUAGCGUGAUAUACUGGCAGGAGGCCUUGGUACUGUUCUCGUUGUACGGCGCGUACGUGAUGUUCAUGCGGUGGAACCAGCCGGUGGAGCGAGCGCUGAAGAAGCUGAUAUACAAAAAUAAGGUGACCCGCGUCCGGAGUACAGAUCAGCUGAUGCCAACGCACCAGACCGCCGCUCAGACGUUGCACGGGAAUGCGACGACAUCGAGCGAGACGUCUGUGGGGACGAACACGGCUACUGUUACCGCCACGCCGGGGUCCAGCAAGGCCCCCCCACCGGCCGCGAAGUUCCGUCAUGGUUUGCUGCAGCUCAUGAUACACACCAUCGACCCUAUGCACGACGGUGAGUUAGGUAAAGUAGACGAGAAGGCGACGCAGCUACACGCGAUAGCCUCGCUGAAGGUGCUGCUUGAGGCGACAAAGCCGACGGCGGGAGGUGCCGGGGCCGCAGCCGCGAGGCAUUCCGCGGCAGCUGCCCAGGCCAAAGAGACACCCCUGGACCUCCCCAAUGGAGGUCUUGCGGACGUCCAGUUAGAUGUUAUAGAAGAAAUUGGAGACCUGGAGGACGACACGACGCCUUUGGACAUGUCGUGGCCCUCCGGUUUCCGUAAAAGGCUGACGUAUUUGUUGGUCGCCCCCAUUGUCUUCCCCCUUUGGAUGACCCUCCCGGACACCAGAACUCCGAGAGGGAAGAAGUAUUUCCCUGUAACAUUUAUAGGGUCGAUAGUAUGGAUAGCGUUUUUCUCCUACCUCAUGGUGUGGUGGGCGAACUUAGUGGGCGCGGCGGCGUACGUGCCCCCGGAGGUGAUGGGGCUCACGCUCCUCGCUGCGGGGACCUCGGUGCCGGACCUCAUAACGUCUGUGAUCGUCGCCAGGAAGGGCUUCGGGGACAUGGCCGUCUCCAGCUCGGUUGGCAGCAAUAUUUUCGACGUCACUGUUGGGUUACCCCUUCCGUGGCUUCUGUAUGGGAUAAUAUACGGAGAACCAGUCCGAGUCAACUCCAAAGGCAUGGUGUGCAGUAUCGUGUUGCUCUUUGCAAUGUUAGUCUUCGUCAUCAUAAGCAUCGCCUGCUUCAGGUGGAAGAUGAAUAAAGGGCUUGGUUUCACCAUGUUCCUUCUCUACUUCGUCUUCGUGGCUGUCAGUUUGGGUCUCGAAUACGGAUACUUCCAUUGCCCUAGUGAAUAAAUCAUGGUUUUUUUUUUGUACACUCGCGAACAUUUGGUAGCGACUGUUGCUGAUUGGCCCAUAAAGUAAAAUGCAGGUAUAACUGCAAGUAGCAUUGUGAUUUCGAAGAAAAUAAUAGAUACAGUAAAAUCUGGUUAAUUAAACCCAGAAGAUAGGAAUUUUUACAAUUACUACAUUUUACUUAUUCUAGAUAUUUGCUGAACUUCCUUACAUUAGAAACUAAACGAGAGAUUUAUAGUGGGACAUGAGGUAACUUCAUUUUGGUCAUUACGAUGCACCUGGUAUAAUUGAGUAUCAAUAUCAGAUAGAGAUCUGUUUUAGCUUUUCAUUUAUUACAACAGUUUUACCAACUUAACCAGAUUCGACUGAUUUACAGAUUAGGUACAAAAAUCUUAUUGCUUUGAUACAAAUUUAUUGUGUUCAUUGAUUUCAUGAAAAACAAUGUAAAACAAAGAACAACGUUACAGUAAGGAAUUAUUAAAACUCAAAUGUUGAUGAUGUUAUGAUUUUCUAGGAAGAACACGAAUAAAAAAUGAAAAUAACGAUAUCUUAUAUAUAUAAUAAUAAUUAUAUACAACCAUUGACCUUUAAUAGA